AUGGCUGUCUCAAAAAACAAAACAAGGAGCGUGAUCAAUGACAUACAGGCAGUGCACAGCGUCUCCUCCAGGGUGUGUGAGAGAGGAGCGUUCUCACAUCGUGCUGUGCUCUGUGUCUCUUGUCAGGUGAGCUUCCACAAUGUCAAGGCACUGACGGAGAAGCUGUUCCCCAUCGUGGAGGCCAUGCAGAAGCACUUCAGUGCCGGCUCAGGAACCUACUACAGCGAUGCCAUCUUCUUCCUGUCUGUCGCCAUGCAUCGCAUCAUGCCAGCAGAAAUCAAGCGGAUUGUGCAGUUAGACCUGGACCUGAAGUACAAAACCAACAUCAGGGAGCUCUUUGAGCAGUUUAACCACUUCCCUGCCGGAGCCGUCAUUGGGAUUGCCAGGGAGAUGCAGCCGGUUUACAGGCACACCUUCUGGGCAUACCGCAGGGAGAACCCCGAUUCCAGAGUGGGUGACCCUCCCCCAAGUGGCAGCCCCGGGUUCAACAGCGGGGUCAUGCUCCUCGACCUGGAGGCCAUGCGGCGCUCGGAACCAUACAACCAGUUGCUGGAGCCCCAGAGCGUGGGCCGGCUGGCGGACAAGUACCGCUUCCAAGGGCACCUCGGCGACCAGGACUUCUUCACCAUGAUCGGCAUGGAGCACCCCUCCCUUUUCCACGUGCUGGACUGCGCAUGGAACCGGCAGCUCUGCACCUGGUGGAAGGACCACGGUUACGGGGACGUCUUCCAACUGUACUACCACUGCCAGGGUCCCGUCAAGAUCUACCACGGGAACUGCAACACGCCCAUCCCCGACGACUGAGGGCUGGAGCACCACAGCCAAGGAGCAGUGAUCUGGGGCAGAAGAGCGGGCUGCUACAAAACUCAGUGAGGGUUUAGCUGAAAACAGGAUAGCAGUCGUUGUAACUGUGCGUGCUGUGCUUGCUACGUUUAAUUCCAGCGUCUUCUUCAAGAACUACUCUGCAGCACCCCACCUCGGCCCCAGAAUCUCCACCCCUAACACGUUGGAUAAAAGGUUGAACUAUCAGAUCAUCUAAAGCUGCACCAAAUUAGAAUUAGCAGUGAUUAUUCUGUAAUGGCUGAUUAUACACAUUGAUGAAGAGCAAGGACAGACAACAGAUUGAGUCUUCUUACCUCUUGAAAUUGUCUUUUUUUUUUUUUUGCCCAGUGUGCCCCAGCAAUGUUCUGUUUUUUUUUUUUUUUAGCAUUCUUCUGUUUUGUAUUCUGCAUGCUGGUCGUAUUUAUAACCACUGUUACUAAUGCUUUGCAUACACACCAGUGCAUAUAAUCUGCAUGCGAAGUCCGUAGGCUUUAAUGGUUGAAGCCGGUUUAUUAAUGCUUUGUUCUGUUUUAUUGAUUAAGUUUAAUCUUUUAUGAGUAGUAUGUCUUUUAAAUAGAAUAUGUGUAACCAUUUAUUUUUUUUUUUUCGGAUAGUAGAAUCCGGCUAGCAGAAUUCAUUCACUUAGAUUUAGAAGAUCAAUAUAAUUGAUCUGUGUUAAAUAUACUUGAUUUUUUAGUGAUUAAUAUCACAUGAUCAAUAAAGGACCAAGUCUAAAAAUCCUACACUAUAAUGUUUAUUUGAUUACAGAAUAGUACUGCAUUCUGGUAAGUGUAGUCUUGCUGUGAAAGGUACCUGAGAAUGCAGAUGUGAGUUGAGGAGCCUGAACGGUCUCAAACUUUAUAUAUAUAUAUAUAUAUAUAUAUAUAUAUAUAUAUAUAUAUAUAUAUAUAUAUAUAUAUAUAUAUAUUUUUUUUUUUUUUUGUAGAAACUUGUUUCCUAAUGCUGAGCUUUAGCGUGUACGAUAACUGAGGAGAAAAAACAAAACAGAACCUGCAUUGUGUUUUACUUGCUCAAUAUUAAGGGCCAAAUAAAAUAUUGUUUUUAUUAUUUUAUUAAU